AUGCGCGCCGCUUUCCUCGUAGCACUUUCCGGUGCUCUGCUCCAAGCCUCGUCAACAUCUGCCUCUCUCACCGAGCGUCCCAGUCAGAGUGUCGCCAUCCCCGCGUGGGACAUCCAGUCAACCGAGAAGGUCACCGGCGGCCUCUCCCAGCUUUCCAGCCCUGGUGUUGAUACUUCCACCUGGCACCAUGUUGACAGCUCUCGCUGCACCCUGAUGGGCUGUUUGAUCGCGGCGGGCGUCUACUUGGAAGACGAUCUCUUCUUCUCGGACAAUCUGCGAGACUUUGAUGCCAGCAUCUUCCACGCCAACUGGCUCUACCGCUCCGAGUUCGCUCUGGAACCAGGCACUGGCAAACACUACCUCCUUGAGACACACGGCAUCACCUCCCGCGGAGAAAUCUACCUCAAUGGCAAGGAGGUGGCCAAGAGCAGCGAGCAGGCCGGUGCCUAUGCCGGUCACACUUAUGACAUCACCAGCCUUGUCGGCGAGACGAAUGCCCUGCUAGUCCAGACGCAUCCGACCAACUACAACUACGACUUCGCGCUCGGCUUUGUGGACUGGAAUCCAUACCCACCAGACAACGGCACUGGAGUCUGGAGGGAGAUUCACGUAAAGCAGACCGGCCCAGUCGCCAUGGGUCCUCUGCGGGUGGUCACCGAGGUUGAGUCGUACGACAGCAGCAGCCCUGCCACGGUGCAGCUCAAAGCCAGAAUCACAAACCUCGAGGACCGCAACGUCACCGUCGAUGUGGAGGGCGAGAUUGUGCUCGAGGGGCAAUACAGCCAGCCUCUGAAGCUGGCAAAGUCAGUUUCGUUACAGCCCGGUGAGAUUACAGAUGUGACCAUCUCUCAGACAGUCACCAACCCAGCCAUCUGGUGGCCGCGAGCUUGGGGUGUACAACCGCUGUACAAGGGCACACUCACAGCCAUAGUCAGCGAUGCUGUGUCAGAUUCCGUCCAGAGUAUCUUUGGCAUCCGCACUGUCACGUCCAAGCUGAAUGAGUACAACGACACCACUUUCUUCGUGAAUGGCCAUCCCUUCCAAGUCAUUGGCGGAGGCUAUUCCGCUGAUAUGUUUCUUCGGUGGGACACUGCCAAAUUCGAAUCGCAGGCCAGGCUAAUGCUAGACCUCGGGCACAACACUGUCCGACUCGAAGGCAAGAACGAGCAUCCGGAGCUGUACCAGAUUGCGGACCAACUUGGUCUCAUGGUCAUGGCUGGUUGGGAGUGCUGUGACAAGUGGGAGGCCUGGACCUAUAACGAGGACAUCGCAAUCAAUGAUCGAUGGACAGACGAGGACUACGAGAUUGCUAAGAACAGCAUGGUCCACGAGGCUCUCAUGCAGCAAAGCCACCCAAGCAUGCUCGCCUACCUGCUUGGCAGCGAUUAUUGGACCGACGAUCGUGCAACCAAGCUCUACGUUGAUGCCUUGCAGGCAGCUGACUGGCAGGUCCCAAUGAUUGCGUCCGCAUCGAAGCGUGGCUACCCCGACGCGUUGGGUCCUUCGGGCAUGAAAAUGGAGGGCCCUUACGACUGGGUUAGUACCCCAAACUAUUGGUAUGACGUGGAGCCAUCCGAAGACCGCUACGGGUCAUCUUUCGGCUUUGGCUCCGAGCUUGGUGCCGGGGUAGGCACGCCGGAGUUGAGCAGCUUGAAAAGGUUUCUUAGUGAAGCAGACAUGGAGGAUCUUUGGAAGCACCCCGACAAAGGUCUCUACCACAUGUCUACUAAUGUCUCGUCAUUCUAUACACGCGAGAUAUACAACCAGGCUCUAUGGCAGCGCCUGGGUGCUCCGUCUUCGCUCGGCGACUAUCUGCUCAAGUCACAGAUCUUGGACUACGAGGCUACGAGAGCCCAGUUCGAGGGCUUUGCUAUCAAGUGGAAUGCCGACCGCCCAGCCACCGGCUUGAUUUACUGGAUGCUCAACAAUGCCUGGCCAAGCUUGCAUUGGAAUCUGUUUGACUAUUACCUUCGCCCAGCUGGUUCCUACUUUGGAGCCAAGGUCGGAGCGCGGGUCGAGCAUGUUGCGUACAACUACGUGGACAAGACAGUUCACAUCAUCAAUCACUCGAUCGACGUGGAGGCAUCCCGGAGAGUCGAAAUUGACGUCAUCGGAACUGACGGCAAGGUGCUGUACAACACGUCAGCGGUGGUCAACACCGAACCUAACUCCUCGAAGCAGAUAUCGAGCAUCGCCAAUGCCCUUGAUGCUGUUUCGGAUGUCGUCUUCCUCCGUCUUGUUCUCAAGGACGAUCAAGGGGCUGUCCUCAGUCGUAAUGUUUACUGGCUCUCUCCCACUAUUGAUACACUUGAUUGGGACGAGUCAACCUGGUAUUAUACUCCUGUCACAGAGUUUGCCGAUCUCAAGGCCCUCACCGAACUUGAGCCGGCAGAUGUUACCGUGACAUUAGACACUGCACCGAUGCCCAAGCGCAGCACAGUAUCACUACACGAACAGACCCCCAACCAACAUCAGAUUCGCGACAUCCACGAUGGUACGCUUACAGUCGUGUUGGAAAACAAAUCUGAAGUCCCGGCGUUCUUCAUCCGGAUGAAUCUUGUUGAUGCUGAGGGCGAGGACGUCCUGCCUGUGUUCUGGUCGGACAACUACGUCACCCUCUGGCCGCACGAGAAAGUAGAGCUGCAGGUUCGCGGAGAUGGAGCUGCCGCGAUACAGGUGAGCGGUGGGAAUGUCGCGAGCCGGCACAUUCUGCUAUGA